CUUCUUUUGCAGUCCCGUUGCCACCUGAGCACAGCUCUCUCCCCGGGAGCUCUGUAGAGCAGCGGGCAUCUCUUUCCUAGGACUGUACAAAGACUGAGCCAGAAGGAAGAGGGCCCAGCAGAGCCAUGAACAUUGUCUUCGAUAUUCUCCUCCUGCUGCUCACCAUCCUCUACUCCUACUUGGAGUCACUGGUGAAGCUUUUCAUUCCCCGGAGGAGAAAAUCUGUGGCUGGGGAGAUUGUUCUCAUUACCGGAGCUGGGCAUGGAAUAGGCAGGCUGACUGCCUACGAAUUUGCAAAGCGGCAAAGCAGACUGAUUCUGUGGGAUAUUAAUAAGCGUGGUGUGGAAGAAACUGCAGCUCAAUGCCAAAAACUAGGGGCCACGGCGCAUGCAUUUGUGGUAGACUGCAGCAACAGAGAAGAGAUUUACAGCUCUGUAAAUCAGGUGAAGAAAGAAGUGGGUGAUGUAACCAUCCUGGUGAAUAAUGCUGGGGCAGUAUACCCAGCCGAUCUUCUCAGUACCAAGGAUGAAGAGAUUGCCAAAACCUUUGAGGUCAACAUUCUAGGACAUUUUUGGAUCACAAAAGCACUUCUUCCAUCAAUGAUGAAGAGAAAUCAUGGCCACAUUGUCACCGUGGCUUCCGUAUGUGGCCAUGGAGUAAUUCCUUAUCUCAUCCCAUACUGUUCCAGCAAAUUUGCCGCUGUUGGCUUUCACAGAGCUUUGACAUCAGAACUUCAAGAACUGGGAAAAACUGGUAUCAAAACCUCAUGUCUCUGCCCAGUUUUUGUGAAUACCGGGUUUACUAAAAACCCAAGCACCAGAUUAUGGCCUGUAUUGGAGACAGAUGAAGUUGCAAGAAGUCUGAUAGAUGGAAUACUUACCAAUAAGAAAAUGAUUUUUGUUCCAUCAUACAUCAAUAUCUCUCUAAUACUAGAAAAGUUUCUUCCUGAGCGUGCUUUGGCAGCUAUAAAUCGUCUACAGAAUGUCCAGUUUGAAGCAGUUGUUGGCCACAAAAUCAAAAUGAAGUGAAUAAUGGAGUUCCAGUCAGAGAUAUAUGCAUAUUAAUGAUGUGGAUCUCAGUUUACAGUCAGUGCUUCAAAGCUCUAUUUCACAUUUUUCAGUCAUGAUGAUAUUAAAAACAUUGGUUUGGCACCA